AUGGACUCUGCUUUGGCAAGCACUCGACCUAUCGCGCUUGAGGUGGAGGCUAUCUGCCACGCCUUCGUAAAUGCGGUCGACCAGCGUACGCUGUCGAUACACGAUCCUGUAUGGCGCCACAUGGCACCUGUCUUCCGUGCAGACGCCGACUUCCCAGGCCAGAACCGAGAGCUGGAUCUUCCGGGCUUACUUGACACCAUCCAAGGCAUCAUCAAUGCUGAUCCAGGACAUCACAUGCGAAUCUUGACCCUCAAUACGGAGGUCGACACAUCUCGUAGACAGGCCAGCGUCUACAUGACCACAGAGAUUCAUGGUGUACCGGCCGGAGUGGUCAGGCAGAACGUUGCUGUCUUCGAGUUCCGAGAACGGGAUGGCCAGUGGCGUGGCGCUCGAUAUCGAGGUCUUCGUGGAAUGGGUGGCCUGCAGAGUGGCUUUGGCGGGUUCUGA